AUGUCAAAUAGAAAAACAGAAUCAGCACAAUAUGUGAUGCUUCCUGAAAUAAGUAAUUUAGGUAUUGGAAAUAAUAUCCCAAAUACAUCACCGCUUGUUGAUGUUCAAGCACAUGGGACAUCUGAAGUUUCAAACUCCAAUAACUUCUUCAAAUUCCUUAACACUAAUAGUGUAAUGAAUAAUAUCUUUGGACGUGGCUUCUUGGCAGAACCUGUGCUGCGUGAUGAAGAAGAAAGCUAUCGUUAUCUGAUGGCUUUAGAUCGUUACUAA